UAUCAUUUAGAUUAUUUUUCUCUAUGGUAGGAGUUCAUUCAUAAGAGGAAAAACAACUUGCUCCAUUCCGAAACAGUUGUUCAUCUUUUUCACUUCCCAAAAUCCUCACCUUUUCUCGCAGUUUUGCUCGAAAAAACCCUUUGUUUGUUCUUUCAUGGGCUCAUUCUGGGAGCGCCAUGAGCAAACGCAACACUUUCUUUCACAAUCUCAUCAAGCCCUUCAAAUUCAGCCCCAGCAAAGAGGGACAAAGCGAAGUAGAAGAAAUAAAGAACCUAGCUGCACAAGAGCAAAAGAUCUUCCCCUACGAAACAUUGGUUGCUGCUACCAACAAAUUUCACAUUCUUAACAAGCUAGGUGAGGGAGGAUUUGGACCCGUCUAUAAGGGUAAAUUGAAUGAUGGGAGAGAGAUUGCGGUGAAGAAGUUAUCGCAUAGAUCGAAUCAAGGGAAGACGCAGUUCGUUAACGAGGCAAAGUUGUUGGCACGUGUACAGCACCGUAAUGUGGUGAGUUUGUUCGGUUAUUGUACCCAUGGCUUCGAAAAGCUUCUUGUUUACGAGUAUGUCCUUCACGAGAGCCUCGACAAGCUUCUCUUCAAAUCCCAUAAGAAAGAACAGCUAGAUUGGAAACGUAGGUUUGACAUAAUCAAUGGGGUGGCAAGAGGGUUGCUUUAUCUACACGAAGACUCUCACAACUGCAUUAUACAUCGCGACAUAAAGGCAAGUAACAUCUUACUCGAUGAAAAUUGGGUGCCCAAGAUUGCAGAUUUCGGCCUCGCACGACUCUUCCCCGAAGACCAAACCCAUGUCAACACACGUGUGGCUGGAACCAAUGGCUAUUUGGCUCCGGAGUAUCUAAUGCAUGGACAUUUAACCGUGAAGGCUGACGUAUUUAGCUAUGGGGUUUUGGUGUUGGAAUUGGUCAGUGGCCAGCGAAAUUCAUCCUUUGAUAUGGACGUGAGUGCACAGAAUCUCGUCGACUGGGCAUACAGGCUAUACAAGAAAGGGAGGGCCUUAGAAAUCGUGGACCCAACACUGGCCUCAUCAGUGGUAGCAGAACAAGCAGAAAUGUGCAUUCAACUGGGUCUACUCUGCACUCAAGGGAAUCAAGACCUGCGUCCAAGCAUGGGUCGUGUGAUGGUGAUUCUGUCAAAGAAACCACCAUGCCACAUGGAAGAACCAACAAGGCCAGGAAUAGCCGGUUCGAGAUACAGAAGAAGAGUAUCUCGCGGUCGCAGACCCUCUGCAACAACUUCUGGGGAAGUUGAUGAUGACUCCUCUGUUAAUUCGCAAACUUUUGAUUCUUCAAGCAACUAUGGCACUAACACUACUACUUCUGCAACAACACCAACAACAAGAAGCUCCAAUACUACUGCAGAAGUAGUGGACCGGCGAGGGAAACGACCCAUGCAAGGUGGUUAGGUGCAGCAUCAUGAUUAGUUUUUGAAGAAAGAAAUUGAUGAGGGCACUUAUUGUUUUAUUUUAUGGUGUCAUCAAUUUUUUGUGAUCAUGUAAGUAAAUAUUUAGGAUGUAAAUGUUACCCGGAGUAGGGAAAUUUUUUUAGUGCCACGGAGUAUGUUUUUAUUUUUUAUUUUUGGUUAAAUUAGUUUUUUUUAUCUAAUUUAUUAUUUAUGUUCAA